AAAAAAAAAAAAAAAAAUUACUUAGAGAGAAAGACUAGCAAAUAGCAAUAUUGGCGAUAGAGAUUUUUGUGUAAUUUUAUAGCGUUGAAGGAAGGAGAAGAGAAGAGAGGGGAAUGGACGGACCUCCGGCCAACGAUUGGUGUUCGGUCUGCCAUGGACGGUUCAAGGUCCCUUGCCAGGCCAAUUGCUCUCACUGGUUUUGCGGUGAUUGUAUUAUGCUAGUUUGGCAUCAUGGGUCUGCUAUUCAACCAUGUAAAUGUCCACUGUGUCGUCGUCAAAUCACAUUGUUGGUCCCUAGUGAAGCUUCACAGAGGGAGCGCCAUAACCCUGAGGUUGCUGAGAUUCUGCAAAAGGUUGAAACUUAUAAUCGGCUUUUUGGUGGGCAGACCACUGGUUUAAUUCAGCGAAUGCAAGACCUUCCAUUUCUGCUACGAAGGUUGUUACGGGAAAUGAUGGAUCCUCAAAGAUCACUUCCUUUUGUCAUCAGGGCACGUGUCUAUAUUGCAAUGACACUAAGUGCUGUCUACAUUCUCAGCCCUGUGGAUAUUAUCCCGGAAGGAUUUUUGGGUAUAGUUGGCUUAUUGGACGAUAUCAUCAUAGGACUCAUCUGCUUUCUUCAUGUUGCUGCCAUCUAUCGGUCAGUACUGUAUUAUCGUCACGGGGGUUCAUGAGCUGUUCAAGAGCCAUGAUAUAUUAGGCUAGAAAUAGAUUUAAAGCGAAAACAAAAUUUUGCUAGGUAGAAACAUAUUUAUAUAGUUUUCUCUUCUUUUUUUUUUUUUUUCUUUUUUUUUUUUUUGACUUUUU